AUGUUUUCCCGCAAACUUCAGUUCCUCUUGGCGGAAAGGCGACUGCAGAACGGUCGGGAGAGCUUUUGCGCGGGUCCAUGUCUGUCACUCAGUCAAGCUAGCGGCUGGAAGCCGCGCCAGACACCUCGCCUUCUAGUCGGCGCGGGCGCACCCUGCGCCACAACUGCGAGCGGAGAUCGGCGGACACCAGGUGGCAGACACAACACGGUGCCUCUCCCGGGCAGUACGUCUAUGCCGUGCUCAGACAGCCAGGCGGUGAAAGUCGCGAGGGUAGAGGGGAUGCGUGUGGGGAUGAGGGAGGUGUUGUACGGGGGACGCUGA